GACGCUCACGCACGGGCAAAUUUCCCCAGCUGAAGUAGGUUUCUCUGCAUGCACUAAAUCAAGCACUUGAGCCAAAAUGGCCACAAAGGUGAAGGGUCUCUUGAAAGGCCUGAGGUACAUUUCACAGAUAUUCGAGGAAAAAGAUCAAGAAAUACAAAUUGGCUUUCCCACAGAUGUAAAACAUGUUGCACACAUUGGAUGGGAUGGUCCAUCUGCAAAUAGUACUCCCAGCUGGAUGACCGAGUUCAAAUCUCCUCAAGAAUCCGCAGGGCAACUUGGUGUUAAGGAAUUGUCAGCCAAAGAUAUAAAUAAACGUGGACUGUCUAUUGCUGCUCAAGAACUGGCGCGUCUGAACGACAUUCCUAAGUCUACAAGUUCCCCAUCCAAGAAGGAUGGAAAAUCUAAAAAGAGUUCUAGGCGCAAUCGUUCAACGGAAGCCAGUGGAAUGGAGUCUCCAGCUCGAGAAGGUAGUAGCCGGCAUUCAAGAAGAAGCCGCAACUCUACCAAUAGUCUUGGCUCUGAGUCCCCCUCACAUGACUUGCCUGGGAUCCCAAAACUCCGGAAAAAAAAGGGUUCCACUGAUGGAGGAUCCGCAAAAUCAUCAAGAAGGCCACGGUCUAAAGGUCAGAAUUCAUUACCUGACAUGUCACUUGAAGGUUCUGAGAAUGGUAGUCCAAUGCACCCGGCUUUUGCAGGGAAGAGUUCAGAGAUAAUCCCAGCAGGGAUUCAUAUCUAACCAAAUGAAGAAAUGGAUGUC